UAGGCAGACACUCGGGAGUGAAGGGGGUAGUGAGCUCAGGCAGGCUAUUAGGGACUGGGAAUGGGGCUUUGCAAGGGGCUUUAGAGAGAGCAUGAAGCAGCUGGUGAGCUGGAACGAGGAUGCAGCAUAAAAGAAUGAAACAGAACCGGUAACAGAGUGCAGAUAAAACAUGAGUCCCAGAGGGCCCUAGCCAGCUGCAUCCCAGGCAAUCAGGAGCCCAGGAUUGGAGACCCCACCCCUGCUGUGACAUCACAGGGGAGUAGGGUGGAGAUGAAUAAAAAGGGGGGUGCUCCCUCCCUGGCCCUGGACUCUUGGCAGCCAGAGUGUCAAGAGUAGAGAGAGCCUGGGCACUGGGCUAGGGUUGCCUGGCUUAAAGGGACAGGCUACCCAUCCGUGCAGCCCCUCUAAGCUGCCCCCUUCAGGCUUUGAACUCUGUCUUCCUAUCCUGAAGACCUCUCUCUCCUGAGGCUGCCAUUAGGCCCCUUCUGAGUGGCAUCUGAGCACUCUCUCAGCAUGAACUGCAUAUCAGACUUCUUCACCUACGAGACCACCAAGUCGGUGGUUGUGAAGAGCUGGACCAUUGGGAUCAUCAACCGAGUAGUUCAGCUUCUGAUCAUCUCCUACUUUGUGGGGUGGGUUUUCUUGCACGAGAAGGCAUACCAGGUGCGGGACACGGCCAUUGAGUCCUCGGUGGUCACCAAGGUCAAGGGCUUUGGACGCUAUGCCAACAAAGUCAUGGACGUGUCUGAUUACGUGACGCCACCUCAGGGCACCUCUGUCUUCGUCAUCAUCACCAAGAUGAUCGUUACUGAAAACCAGAUGCAAGGAUCCUGUCCAGAGAACGAGGAGAAGUACCGCUGUGUAUCCGACAGCGAGUGUGGGCCCGAGCGCCUCCCUGGUGGGGGGAUCCUCACUGGCCGCUGCGUGAACUACAGCUCUGUGCUCCGAACCUGCGAGAUCCAGGGCUGGUGCCCCACCGAGGUGGACACGGUGGAAAUGCCAGUCAUGAUGGAGGCUGAGAACUUCACCAUUUUCAUCAAGAACAGCAUCCGCUUCCCCCUGUUCAACUUUGAGAAGGGAAACCUCCUUCCCAACCUGACGGCCAGGGACAUGAAGACAUGUCGUUUCCAUCCUGAUAAGGCCCCCUUCUGCCCCAUCUUGCGGGUGGGUGACGUGGUCAAGUUUGCGGGACAGGAUUUUGCCAAACUGGCCAGAACGGGCGGAGUUCUGGGCAUUAAGAUCGGCUGGGUGUGCGACUUGGACAAGGCCUGGGACCAGUGCAUCCCGAAAUACUCCUUCACUCGGCUCGAUAGCGUUUCCGAGAAGAGCAGUGUCUCCCCAGGCUACAACUUCAGGUUUGCCAAGUACUACAAAAUGGAGAACGGCAGCGAGUACCGCACGCUCCUGAAGGCUUUCGGCAUCCGCUUCGACGUGCUGGUGUAUGGGAACGCGGGCAAGUUCAACAUCAUCCCCACCAUCAUCAGCUCCGUGGCGGCCUUUACUUCCGUGGGAGUGGGAACUGUUCUCUGCGACAUCAUCCUGCUCAACUUCCUCAAGGGGGCCGACCAGUACAAAGCCAAGAAGUUUGAGGAGGUGAGUGAGACAACACUGAAGGUCGCUGCCUUGGCCAACCCAGCAUACCCCAGGGACCAGACCACGGAGGAGAAGCAGUCCACAGACUCGGGGGCCUACUCCAUCGGCCACUAGGGCCUCUCCCCAGGGCCCUGCACUCACCCCUGGGCUCCAGGCCUCCCAACAGGGACCCCGCCUGGGCAAGGGG